AUGGCGCCGCCCACCUCCCCCGCCGCCGUGGCGGCUGCUGCCCGCGCGUCUCCGACGCCGGCCGCUGCGCUCGCGCUCUUCAAGUCGGCGCUUUCCGCGGACCGUGCCCUGUGCCCGCUUUCCGUUCUCCCGCACCUCGCCGCGUCCCCGUCGCUGCCGCACCUCCUCCUCACCGCCUCCGCCGCGUCGCGCCCCCACGCCACCUCCCUCCGCCUCUACGCACGGCUCAAGUCGCUCUCCGUCCCCAUCCCCGUCGCCUCGCUCCACCCGCUGCUCUCCUCCCUCCCCUCCGCCCCGGCCUUCGCCCUCUUCGCCGACAUCUACCGCCUCCGCCUGCCGCUCUGCACCACCACCUUCAACAUCAUGCUCCGCCACCUCUGCGCCACGGGGAAGCCCGUGCGCGCGCUCGAGCUGCUCCGCCAGAUGCCCCGCCCCAACGCCGUCACCUACAACACAGUCAUAGCCGGGUUCUGCGCGCGCGGCCGUGUCCAGGCGGCGCUGGAGGUCAUGCGCGAGAUGCGGGAGCGCGGAGGGAUUGCUCCCGACAAGUACACCUAUGCCACGCUGAUCUCUGGGUGGUGCAAGAUCGGUCGAACGGAGGACGCCGCCAAGGUGUUCGACGAAAUGCUGACUAAGGGAGAGGUGGCGCCAUCUGCAGUGAUGUACAACGCAUUGAUCGGUGGCUACUGUGACAGGGGCAAACUGGAUGUGGCUCUGCAAUACCGGGAGGAUAUGGUACAGCGGGGGGUUGCCAUGACGGUUGCUACAUACAAUUUACUUGUGCAUGCGUUGUUCAUGGUUGGACGUGCAUCAGAUGCUUAUGCUGUGCUUGAGGAGAUGCAGAGGAAUGGUCUUUACCCAGACGUGUUCACUUAUAACAUACUAAUCAAUGGGUAUUGCAAAGAGGGCAAUGAGAAGAAAGCAUUGGAGGUGUUUGAGGUGAUGUCUCAGAAAGGGGUGCGUGCAACUGCAGUGACCUACACGUCGUUGAUAUAUGCUUUCUCCAGGAAAGGGCAAGUUCAGGAGACGGAUAGGUUAUUUAAAGUGGCUGUGAAGAAGGGCAUCAGGCCUGAUGUUGUCAUGUACAAUGCUCUGAUCAAUAGCCACUGCACAGGUGGAGAUAUGGAAAGAGCAUAUGAGAUCAUGGCAGAGAUGGAGAAGAAGAGGAUCCCCCCGGAUGAUGUGACAUACAAUACACUGAUGAGGGGGUUUUGCUUGCUUGGGCGGCUUGAUGAAGCUCGCAGGCUCAUUGAUGAGAUGACAAAGAGGGGUAUCCAGCCAGACCUUGUCACCUAUAACACGCUGAUCAGCGGCUAUAGCAUGAAGGGUGACAUAAAGGACGCUUUGAGAGUCCGGGAUGAGAUGUUGGAUAAGGGGUUCAAUCCAACACUUUUGACAUAUAAUGCGCUUAUACAGGGGUUGUGCAAGAAUGGACAGGGAGAUGACGCUGAGAACCUGAUGAAAGAGAUGGUGGGGAAGGGCAUCACCCCAGAUGACAGCACAUAUAUCUCCCUGAUUGAGGGACUUACCACUGAAGAUGAGCGAAUGGCAGCGGCAGAUGCUGCAAAAGCUUGA